AUGUUCGCCAACAUCCUGCGGGCUUGUCUCGCUACCUCGCUGCUGGUCCAGCCGUUGCACGCAGGCGUCAUCCCUGCUUUCCGCCGCCAGUCGACUUCCACCACCUUCAAGUCCACCGGCAACCCCAUCCUGGCCGAUGGCUCCGUCUACUCCGCCGACCCGGCGCCGCUCGUCGUCAACGACACCCUCUACAUCCUCUCCGGCCGGGACGAGGCCGGCCCGACCGUCAACGGCUUCGUCAUGAACGAGUGGCAGAUCUUCGAGGCCAAGAACCCCAACCCGGCCGGCGCCGACUGGACUCUCCACCGCGACGUCGCCCAGCCCGAGUCCAUCUUCUCCUGGGCCGCCGCCGGCACCGCCUACGCCAGCCAGAUCGUCCAGGGCCCCGACGGCAAGUUCUACCUGUACGCCCCCGUGACGCAGGCGAGCACCUCCGCCAAGGACCCCUUCGCCAUCGGCGUCGCCGUCUCCGACAGCCCCCUCGGCCCCUUCAAGGACGCCCACCCUGCCGGCCCCAUCAUCUCGCAGACCAUCCCGUCGCCCGGAAACGACAUCCAGAACAUCGACCCCACCGUCAUGGUCGACACGGACGGCAAGGUCUACAUCUACUUCGGCACGUUCGGCGCCCUCAAGGGCUACGAGCUCGACAAGGACAUGGUCACCAUCAAGGGCGACGUCGUCGACGUCACCACGCUCACCGGCUUCUUCGAGGCCCCCUGGCUCAUGAAGCGCGAGGACACCUACUACAUGCUCUACGCCGCCAACAACGCCGGCCCGGACUCCCCCUGCACGCCCACCAGCUACCACGCCUGCCUGGCCUACGGCACCGCCUCGAGCCCCCUCGGCCCCUGGACCUUCCGCGGCGUCUUCCUCGACAUCGUCUCCUCCACCACCUCCCACCCGGGCGCCUACAAGCUCUCCAACGGCGACUGGGGCCUCGUCUACCACACCCGCGACGCCGAGGGCGGCACCCACUUCCGCCGCUCCGUCGCCAUCGACAAGCUCACCUGGGACGACGCCGCCUCGCCCCCCGCCAUCAACAAGGUCGUCCAGACCAAGCGCGCCGCCGCCGCGGACGAGGAGCCCACGCGCAACGUGGCCCCCAAGGCCGUCGCCUCCGCGGACGGCGAGACGCCCAUCCAGUACUGGAUCAAGGCCGUCAACGACGGCCGCGUCGAGGAGGCGCCGCUGCCGCCCGACUACUGGUCUUCCUACAACGCCGAGCAGUCGCCGCAGAGCAGCGUGCUGACGCUGACGUGGAACGCGACGCAGGAGCUGGACGGCGCCGCGAUGGCCUUCUUCGCGGACCAGGCCGCGGGGUCGGACAUCGGCGUCGCGCCCCCCGCGUCGUGGAAGCUGGAGUACAAGGACGGGACGUCGUGGAAGGCCGUCGACGCGAGCCCGUACCCGACGGACGUGACGGACGAGCCGGCCGAGGUCAAGUUCACGGCUGUGUCUACGACGGCGCUGAGGGCCACGCUUACCGCGUCUGGGAGCGGGCAGUUUGCUGGGGUUGCUGUGAAGGAGUUCUUUGCGUACGCUCCUACGGCGGCGUAA